AUGGAGAAAGCAGCCGCUAGCAAGCGAAAGACCCCCACAACGAGUGACAGCGAAGACGAGUCUGAUACUCACUUGGAUAUUCGCAAUGAGGAGGAUCCCCUCGUUCACAAUGAGGAAGUUCGCAAUGAAGAGGGUGACAACACUUGUACUGAAAAACCAAAUCCCAAUCCAGAGGUAACUCAACCUUUUAAUGAUUUUGUUCCUUCUCCUCCUCCUUCUCCUAAAACUACUACUACACACAUCACCAUUACUCUCUAUCCUCCACCUGUUUCUACUCAAUCUCAAACCAGUAUUCCUCUUUUUACUCCAAUCUUCACUGAUUCCAAAAUCCCACCAACUACUUUAGCUACACCUACAAUCUUAGUCAACAUAUCUGAUAUGGGGGCUAAAACUUCAGGCUUUUCAACCCUUGUUUCACCUCCCAUCUCCCUUAUUCGCACUAAUGAUACAGACAUGAUAUUUGGGGAUGAUAAUGAUGAUGAACUUGGCGGAUUCACCUACAUUCCAUUUCAGAUAAGACCGAAAGUGAAGAUGAAGCUACUGUCACGAAAGGGCAGCUUAAGUCCCUUCAUCAAAAGAUUGACCAGAUGCUUCUCGCUUCCAAAGCUUCAUCUUCUAAAGCUUAUUCCAAAGCAGUGGUUGAAUCUUUGUUUGAACGCAUAA